GUUGUGAUAUUUAUAGGCCUAGAUCAAUGUAACAAUUGGCUAUCUAUUAAUGUUUACAUAAUGUUUGUAGUAAAAUUAGUGGGCCUAAUAUGCCGGCAAGCUUGAUUGUCAUUUUGGUAAGCCUCCUAGACCGACAGCCGAGUAAAGCAUCAAAAAUAAAUAAAUCGGGAUCGGGAGAUGCCUGAAAAAUACUUUAAUAAACAACAUGGAGAACUGCAAGAAAACAGCCUGUGACUUCAUUGACAAAUAUGCUAGCGAACUUCAACAGUUGAGCAAAAGCAUCUGGGAAACGCCUGAACUGGCGUACAGGGAACGUCAUGCGCAUGACGUCAUCACCGAAUUCCUUGAUAAACACGAAUUCAAUGUGGAAAAACGUUACAAACUAGACACAGCUUUUCGUGCUGAGUUUUCAAAAUCUGACUCCAGGGAAGGUCCCCGUGUCGCAGUAUUGUGCGAAUACGAUGCUCUUCCAGGAAUUGGUCAUGCUUGUGGUCACAAUCUUAUUGCAGAGGUUGGCGUGGCAGCGGGUAUUGCCAUUAAACAUGCUAUGAAGUCUUGUGGACAAACGCUAGCAGGACAGUUGUCAGUGAUAGGUACCCCAGCAGAGGAGGGGCGCUGUGGGAAACACGAUCUGAUUGCCGCAGGAGCUUUCACCUCUGUUGAUGUUGCCAUGAUGGCCCAUCCUUCACAAUACACAUUAGCUCGGCCGAAAUAUACAUCUAUGAUACCUGUGACGAUAAAAUUCAGUGGUCAGGCUGCCCAUUCAGCCUCCCAUCCCUGGGAGGGCCUCAAUGCCCUGGAUGCAGCAGUCAUGUGCUACAACAGUAUUUCAUGUCUUCGUCAGCAAAUGAAACCGGCCUGGAGAAUUCAUGGAGUAAUUCGUAAAGGGGGAGUGGAACCCAACAUCAUACCUGAUGAAACGGAGUUGGAGUUUUUCCUGAGAACACCAUCAGAGGCAGAGUUAGAGGUCCUAAAGAAGAAGGUGAUUGAUUGUAUCAAUGGAGCCGCUCUCUGUACAGGUUGUGAGGCCAGCUAUACAUUUGCUGAGAAACAUUACCAGUCUCUGUUGUCUAACAAUACGAUGGCUGAGCUGUUUGAGGAAAAUGGGAGACAACUUGGUAUUGAAUUUGAUCAGCGGGAGGAGAUAAGGAUCAAGUUUGGUGGUUCUACUGACAUGGGCAAUGUGUCCCAUGUGGUCCCCAGUCUACACCCAAAAUUUUACAUAGGAACAACUGUCAGUAAUCAUUCAAAGGGAUUCACAACUGCUGCAGGAGCAGAUGUAGCACAGGGUUACAGUCUGGCGGUGGCUAAAGCCCUGGCAAUGACAGCGAUAGACAUAUUGUCCAAACCCGAGCUGAUUCCUAAAAUACAACAGGAUUUCCAUAAAGACCUACAAAGUGUUUCCUAGAAAUUUCUCGGGGAAAUGGUACAUUGAUGCAGCAUUAUCAUUCGAUUCUUGUAUAUUAUUCUAGAUUUAGAAAAAGUUGAAUAAGACUUUGACAUACUGUCCUGUUAUGCAGAUUUGAAUUUGAACCUAUUGAAGUAAUAAUCAACUAUAUCCUAUGAUCAAAGUAUGACUGUCAAUGCAACGAAACCCUUCUAUUCCAAUGAUCGAAGUAUGAUUGCCAAUGCAAUGAAACCCUUCUCCAAUAUUGCAAUCCCAGUUUCCUUCGGAGACUUCGGUGAAGUUUCAAACUUGAAUUUGUUAUAUGAACUAUGUAUAUUUAGGAGAGUUGAUUCUUGUUGAUUGUAAUUGUUGUUCAAUAAAAUUGUUUUAUUUAU